UAGAUUCUUGCAGGAUUCCCUGCUUCGUUCUAGAAUGCAGACAAAUCAGCUAAAUAAUAAAGAAGGCUAGCAGAAGUUGACUAACAAUAAACAAAUUUCAUAGUAACAUCAAAGUUAGCUAACACGCUAUUAAAUUUUAGCAAAUAAACAUUAAAAAGUAGUCCCAGCAGGCUAUCUUAUAAAUAAUGAAACUUCGAUACAUCCAAAGCACAAAAAGGGGUUCAAUAACAAGAACUUACCAGACUUUGCCAGACAUGGAUUUGGUAUUGAAAUUUUUUGUUUGGUGCAUUGUCAUUUUGGCACCAGCCCUGGUCCUCCUACGCCAGCGGAUGAAAUCCAAGUCCAUGCGGCUGCCGCCUGGCCCCCCAGGAUGGCCAGUGUUUGGUAACAUGUUCCAACUUGGUGCCAUGCCACAUAAAACCAUAGCCAACCUAAGGAAAGAGUACGGUCCUGUUGUUUGGUUCAGGAUCGGUUCCAUAAACACCAUGGCAGUGCUCACCGCAAAGGCAGCCACAGAGCUCUUCAAGAACCACGAUAUAACCUUUGUGGAACGCACUAUCACUGAGGUCAUGAAAUCCAAUGGCUUCAAUAAGGCAGCAUUGUCGCUAGCCCCUUAUGGGGCAUAUUGGCGUGUAAUGAAGCGCAUAAUGACAGUAGAAAUGUUGGUCAACAAAAGGAUCAAUGAAACUGUAUCCAUUCGGCAAAGAUGCAUUAAUGAUAUGAUCCAGUGGAUUGAAAAGGAAUCCGAUUCAGCCAAAGAAUCAGGGGGGAUUCAUUUGGCCCGCUUUGUGUUUCUGGCCUCAUUCAACAUGCUGGGGAACCUCAUGUUAUCGCGUGACUUGGUGGAUCCACAAUCGGAAGAGGGAUCAGAAUUCUUCACAGCUAUGAUGGGGCUAAUGGAGUGGUCAGGCCAUCCAAACAUAGUUGACUUGUUCCCGUGGCUCAAAUGGCUCGAUCCACAAGGUUUGAAACGAAAGAUGGAUCGUGAUCAAGGAAUAACAUUGAAAGUUGUUGCGGGAUUUGUUGCAGAGAGGUUGAAAGAACGGCAAGAUGGUAAAGAAAAAAAGGACUACCUGGAAGUUUUGCUACAAUUUGAAGGAAAUGGAAAGGAUGAGCCCGAGAAAAUAUCAAAUCAUGCCCUCAAUAUAAUCAUAAUGGAGGUGUUUUUAGCAGGUUCAGAAACCACCAGCAGCACCAUCGAAUGGGUAAUGGUCGAGCUCCUAUCCCAUCCUGAAACAAUGAUCAAGGUCAAAAAUGAACUUGCAGAGGUAAUUGGAAAGAACAACAAAUUCGAAGAGAAAUACAUCGAGAAUUUGCCCUACUUACAGGCUGUUGUGAAAGAAACCCUCCGAUUGCAUCCUCCAAUUCCGUUCCUAGUCCCUCGAAAGGCUACUCAAGAUACCGAUUUCAUGGGGUAUCACAUUCCCAAAAACACUCAAGUUUUUGUAAAUGCGUGGGCAAUUGGAAGGGAUUCAGAUUGCUGGGAUGAGCCAUCUUCAUUCAAGCCAGAGAGAUUUUUGGGCUCAAAAAUUGACUACAAGGGGCAGCAUUUCGAAUUGAUUCCAUUUGGCGCUGGACGAAGGAUUUGUGCAGGAAUUCCUUUGGCCCACCGUAUGCUGCAUCUUGUACUCGGAUCAUUACUGCAUGAAUUUGAUUGGGAAAUUGACGAGAUUGCUAGGAAUGACAUUAUGGACACGAGAGAGCGAAUCGGAGUGACUGUUCGCAAAAUGCUGCCAUUAAAAGCAAUACCAAUAAGGUGUAUGAUAUAAUGCUUUAAAGUUACUUUUCCAGUUUAUGGCACCAAUAAAUUGUACAACUAUGAUACAAUAUACUCGACAUAAUAGUUGACAUAAUGUUACAUAACGUUCUAUCA